GUUAUUUCUCAAAAUUCAAUUUAUUCAAAUAAAAUAAAACAAAAUUCAAUUCCAUGGGGAACACUUUGGGGGGAAGAAGAAGUGCAAAAGUUAUGAAGAUCAAUGGCGAAACUUUCAAAUUGAGAGCGCCGGCACGGGCCGGGCCCCUGCUCGAAAGCCAUCCGGGCCACGUGCUGCUCGAAUCGGAGGCGGUUAAGCAUUACGGCGCCGGAGCCAAGCCGCUGGAGCCGCAGCAGGAGCUGAAGCCAAAGCGCCUCUACUUCCUGGUCCAGCUGCCUAAGUUCCCCGAGCCGCCCAAGGCGCCGCCGGCGCGGCGCGUCAGCUCCGGGAUUCAGAUGAGCGCUAGAGACCGGCUCGAGAGCCUGAUGCUGGCGCGGAGAUCGGCGUCGGAUUUGUCCUACGCCAGGCCGUCGCCGGCGAUGAGCGCCGCCGAGGAUGGCGGCGGCGGCGGCGUCAGGCUCCGGCUGAGGCUCCCCAAGGCGGAGGUGGAGAAAUUGAUGGCUGAGAGCAAGGACGGCGCCGAGAUAACGAAGAGAAUCAUCGACCUCUGCAGAUCUGGCGGCGCCGCCGCGGAGCAGGCGGCGCAUUUCAGGGAAGACGACGGUGGCGGAUCCGCCAAACACGGCCCCAAAUUCCGCCAGAAGCGAGUGAGUUUCUUGGGCAUAAGUGAAGAAGGGAUCUCUCCUGCUGCUGCUGCCUCUUAGAAUUUAUUUUUAUUAAAUUUUAAUUGGUAUAGAAAUAGAAAAAAUGUUUCUGUUAAUUUUUUGGUAGUAAAGCAUGAACAAAGUUGUCUUUUGA